CCUGGAACAUUGUAUGUGCUUCCUUUUCUUUUAGCCCUUCAAUGCUGAAACCAAAAGCAGAGCAAAAGCGGCACUGAGCUUAUAAAGAUUCUCUUUUUCGUUGAACCAUCCAAAACCCAAAUCAGAGGAAGGCAUAUUAGAACUUUCUCUUCUUAUUCUGCGUCCUAAAACACUGAAUUAAAUUGACAGUGAAGCUGUUUUUGAGUAAAGGUGCAUAUAGCAUAUAGAAGCAUGGGAAGUCCCCAACAGCCAAAGAGGAGAGUAGCUUUUGUGCUGAUUGAUGGAUUGGGUGAUGUUUCGCUGCCAAGGUUUGGGUACAAUACUCCUUUGCAAACUGCCAAUGUUCCAAACCUGGAUGCUGUUGCAUCUGCUGGAGUUAACGGCCUUAUGGACCCAGUUGAAGUGGGUUUGGCAUGCGGAAGUGAUACUGCUCACCUUUCACUAUUGGGUUACGACCCACGAGUCUACUAUAAGGGUCGAGGUGCAUUUGAGUCAAUGGGUGCUGGACUCGCUAUGUCACCUGGUGAUAUUGCAUUCAAGUCAAAUUUUGCAACAUUUGAUGAGAAAACUGGAAUAGUCACCAGUAGAAGAGCUGACAGGCACUUUGAAGAAGAAGGGCCUAUUCUCUGUGCUGCUUUGGAUAGAAUGAAGUUGCCAUCUUACCCUGAAUAUGAAGUCAGAGUCAGGUAUGCAACAGAGCAUAGAUGUGGAGUGGUCGUGAAAGGACCAAGAUUGAGUGGUAAUAUAUCAGGAACGGACCCAUUGAAGGACAACCGCUUACUUCUGCAAGCUGAAGCCUUAGACGAUACUGAUGAAGCAAUUCAUACAGCUGCAGUUGUCAAUGAAUUGUCCAGGGAGAUGUCACGAAUUCUGGUCUCUCACCCGUUGAAUGCAAAACGAUCGGCAGAAGGGAAGAAAAUGGCCAAUGUUGUCCUUUUACGAGGAUGUGGUAUUCGAAUUGAAGUUCCAUCAUUUGAAAAGAAACACGGUUUAUGCCCGUGCAUGGUAGCUCCUACUAAAAUCAUAGCUGGUUUAGGCCUAUCACUUGAUAUUGACAUUCUAGAAGCUCCAGGGGCAACUGGAGAUUAUCGAACUCUUUUGACUUCAAAAGUGACUGCCAUAGCUAAGGCACUCUCUGCUCCAUUGCAGUCUUCUCCCAGUGUUUUUGUGCCUGGAGAGGAUGAGCACAAACCUGGCAAACCCGAUGGUUACGACUUUGGGUUUCUCCACAUUAAGGCAAUAGAUGAUGCAGGUCAUGAUAAGGCGAGCCUUUUAAAAGUCAAGGCAUUGGAAGCAGUAGAUCAAGCUUUAGGCCAGCUGACCAAACUUCUUUGGCAGGCAGAAUCAACUGGAAAGUUCCAGUAUUUCCUUUGUGUCACUGGAGAUCACUCUACUCCAGUUGAAUAUGGAGACCAUAGUUUUGAACCAGUUCCAUUUGCCUUGUGCCGGUUAACAGACUUUGUGAGUGCAGUGGGUGGAGAGCCCAUUGUUGUGGCAACUUCCCUUGAACCAUUUCCUCUUCCAACCAUUAAGGCUGGUGAAGACCUAGAUGAAGAUAAGAUGGGAAAGGAGAGAGUGAGCAAACAACUUAAAGCAUUCAGUGGUGACUCGGUUUGUGAAUUUAGCGAGAUAGCGGCAGCAAGGGGAUGUCUUGGACGGUUUCCUGGAGGAGAGAUGAUGGGUGUGAUAAAGGCAUUUCUUAAAUUAAAUGCAUGAGAUGUUCUUAUAGGAACUAGGAGGGUUGGAAAAAUUGUUUUCCUAAUAAAAGAUCAUUUUGAAACUGGAAAAAUAACCAAGUCAUUAUCUGAUGAUGUUUUUUACAUCAUUGAAAUUUUGAAGGCUUUGUGAUCUAAUGUUUAAAGAAAAUUUAUGCAAUUUGUACUCGGUGUAAAAUAAACCAAUCCAAAUUCUUCUCUCGUAGCUUAGAUGUCAAUACAUGGUCUAAUGCAUUUGUCA